CAAUUCACUUGGCACACAAUCAUCUACUGCUGCUUUGAACGGUUGUUGCACCUCCGUGGCCGCCAUGCUGGUGUUGUAAACAGAGUCGCCCACCUCCCCGUUCUGUGAUUGUUUUCUCAUCUCAGGCGAAUAUUUUGUUUUGGUGGCCAUGCUCACAGUCAGAGCAAAGUAGAAUAUCGCUCGUAUGAGAGCACGGGUAUACCCAGGCUAACCAAACGCCGUACGAUAUUACCGCGAAGGUGGCGAAACUCCAAAGAAGUCAGCAGUGUGCUGUGAGGACAAUUGCCACAGAAUGAAACCACUGAGAGAGACACCUGAGGCUGCAGAGGAGCGCCGUGAGAAGGACCGCCAGCGAAAGAGACUGAAGAAGUUAUUGGAGCCACCUCAGGUUGCAGCUGCGCGCCGUGCGUACGAUCGCCAGCGACAGAGAGAAAAGAGGUCAUUGGAGCCACCUCAGGCUAAAGCCGAGCGCCGUGAGAUCGAUCGCCAGCGAAAGAAACUGAGGCAGUCAUUGGAGCCACCUCAGGUUACAGAAGCGCGACGUGAGAAAGAUCGCCUGCGAAAGAGGAAAAAGAGGAUAUUUGAGCCACCUGAGGGUACAGAUGAGUGCUGCGAGGACAGUCGAGAGCAAAUGACACUGAAGAGAUCUUUGGAGACAGAUGGAGACGCUACAGAAACCCAACCCUCCAACGUGAAACAUCGAGCAGAGCAGAGCUGUAUGUGGGCACUGUUCCGCCUUCACCAGCUGGUUUGAGAGAGAAAGAAGAAGCAAGAGAAAGACACAGAGGAAUAAAACAACAAUAAUAAAAAUACAACUAAUAAUAACACUAGUAGCAACUUUUGCUAAGGUAUAGGAUCCCAAUACUUCUUUUGCACCGUUGAUAACUGUUCUAAACAUGUGUUACGAUGUUAUGUGUUCAGAUAUGUACAGAAUACUCUUUCAUAAUAUGUAUA